CACAGACAGACCUACAUACCACAGCCCACACUCCAUAAUAAAGAAGAUAUGCCUGGAAAAUUUCUUGUACAGCCUCGCAGAUGAAAACUGCAGGAAGUCCUAACUCCAUUAGAGUUGGAGGGGACCUCUGGAGAUCAUCCAGGCAGGGUCACCCAGAGCAGGUGACACAGGAGUGCGUCAAUGUGGGUCUGGAAUGUCUCCAGAGAGGGAGAGUCCAUGACCUCCCUGGGCAGCCUGUUACCCUCAUUGUAAAGAACUUCUUCCUCAUGUUCUGGUGAAAUUUCUUGUGCUUUAGUUUAUGGCAGUUAACUCCUCAUCCCGUCACUGGGCACAACCGAAGAGUCUGGCACCAUUCUCCUGACACCCACCUUUGAGACAUUUAUGAGAUCCCCUCUCAGUCCUCUGUUCUCUGGGCUAAAUAGGCUAAACACCCCCUUUACUGUGAGGGUGGCGAGGCGCUGGCACACGUCGCCCAGGGAAGCCGUGGAUGACCCGUCGCUGGGAGCGUUCCAGGCCGGGUCGCAUGUGGCUUUGAGUCCCCGGAGCCUCCUCCCUCUCCCCCUCCCUCCGUCCUGCUCUCCCCGCCCGCCCCAGCCGGCGGCAGCUCCGGGCGGCGGCUCCUCCCCCGUGGCCGCCCGGCAGCAUGGCGGCGGCGGUGGAGACCCGCAGAGUCUGCGAGACCGCCGGCUGCAGCAGCGAGGCCAAGCUGCAGUGCCCCACCUGCCUCAAGCUGGGCAUCCAGGGCUCCUACUUCUGCUCCCAGGAAUGCUUUAAGGGAAGCUGGGCCACUCACAAGUUACUACACAAGAAAGCAAAAGAUGAAAAAGCUAAGCGUGAAGUUUCCUCCUGGAGCCUGGAAGGCGAUGUUAACACAAAUCCCUGGUCUGGUUAUCGAUACACUGGGAAACUCAGGCCACACUAUCCACUGACGCCAACAAGACCUGUGCCAAGCUAUAUUCAGAGACCGGAUUAUGCUGAUCACCCACUAGGAAUGUCUGAAUCAGAACAAGCUUUAAAAGGAACCUCUCAAAUAAAAAUACUGUCAUCUGAGGAUAUAGAAGGGAUGCGAGUAGUGUGUAGGCUUGCUAGAGAAGUAUUGGAUGUUGCUGCCAUGAUGGUGAAACCAGGAGUAACCACUGAAGAAAUUGAUCAUGCUGUCCAUUUAGCUUGUAUUGCAAGGAAUUGUUAUCCUUCCCCUUUGAAUUAUUAUAAUUUUCCCAAGUCAUGUUGUACGUCAGUGAAUGAAGUGAUCUGUCAUGGAAUUCCUGAUAGGAGGCCAUUGCAGGAGGGAGAUAUUGUUAAUGUGGACAUCACCGUCUAUCGCAACGGCUACCACGGAGAUCUGAACGAGACCUUUUAUGUGGGAGAGGUGGACGAGGGUGCCAGGAGGCUUGUCCAGACAACCUAUGAGUGCCUAAUGCAAGCCAUCGAUGCAGUAAAACCCGGUGUUCGGUACAGAGAACUGGGGAACAUAAUUCAGAAACAUGCUCAAGCAAAUGGAUUUUCAGUGGUUCGGAGCUACUGUGGGCAUGGAAUCCAUAAACUUUUCCAUACGGCUCCUAACGUGCCCCAUUAUGCCAUGUGUGGCAGAGGAGGAAUGAACAUUGCCUCAGUAGUGGUAGUCUUCGGAAAUGUCCUUGGCACCGUAACAAUUUUUCCAGCAAGACUAAGAAACAAUAUCCACAGAGGCAAAGGAUGGAAGGUGAAGUGCAAGUAGACAACUAAGGGCAGAGUAAACAUCAUGAAGCAGUGAUCAACAGUUCACACUCACUUCAGCUGUAAAGCUGCCCUGAUAAUAGGACACUUAUUUCCUCAGACCUCACAGAUGUCUCCAUCUUCCCAUCUCCUAAUGAGCUUUAACACAUGUUAUGGUUAUAGAAUAUAGUCCAGCGAUUCCUGACUUUCCAUGUCAUCAUUUCCCCAAGUUAUUUUUUCUGACAACAGAGAAAACCUGUUAAUUGCAGGAUAAAAGGGUAUCAAUUCCUGGUAUGUACUUUUUGUUGUGUAAAAUGAAGAAAAUACGGAUUAUUUGGAGUUGGAGAGCUUUUUAUACCAAUUAAAAUCCAAUCCAAGACAAAGGAAAUUUCUGUCUUUC